AUCGCCAUCGUCUCUUGAACGGUUUUCUUGUUGGUUUCUCUGUUCCCCCCCAGCAGGCACGCUCCAGUUGAUGUAAGACUGCAUGCGUCUCGCGCCCGACGCGGAGCGAUGCUGGAUACCCGUCCUUCGUGGCGCGCGCCCGCCGCGCCUGCCCCUGACGACGGCAUUCUCAAGCGAAGACGACUCGGAGCCGACCGACGCGUUCUCCAGGUCUGCGCAACGCCACUUAAUCUUGAAGCCGCUGAAGAGGCUGGGGUUGACCUUUUGGAUGAGCUUGAUGUCGCGGACCUCGAGCUUCUUCGCCAUCUUCACCUCGAUCUUCUCGGCCUGCUCGUCCGUGAGCUUCGCCGCGGAGAGCACGGUGACGGGCUCGACGGACUCGCGGUUGUGGAGGUGGCACACGAGCUCCUCGCAGAUCGCUUUCAACUGAUGUAGUUGCCUCUCUUGGCGAGGAACGUGAUGAACUUGGGGAACGCUGAGGGGCAACGACAGGGGGGGAUAGGCAUAGGGGGGGAAACGUCGACCUGGAAUCGGCGAUACAUCGCCGAUAGAUCGGCGACAGGCCCCCGACAGUAGAUCCGCACCUUCCUGGGCAGGUCGGGGCUGCCGGACCCCUAGCGGCGAUCAAUGGGCGAUUGGGGGUCGAUGCAUCCCCCCCCCGUGCCCAUCAGAGC